GCUAUUAAUGGACUCGCAAAUGGAAGGAGACUCAUACCUAACCAAUCUUUUGCAUGAGGGGUCUCAGCUUGAUAAUGAGUUGAUGGGAUCUUCAAAUCUAAUGGAUCAAAUGUCUCCGUCCCCAGUUGAAAUAGAAUCUAGUGCUAGGAGACGACGGGGUAGUAACUUCACCAUAGAAGAAGAUAAUCUCCUUGUAUCGGCGUGGCUAAAUACUAAUUUGGAUUCAAUGCAAGGAAAUGAGCAAAACCAUACUACAUACUGGAGGAGAAUUUGGGAGUACUUCCAUGAGAAUAAGACCUUCAUUUCUAAACGUACGCAGCUAUCUCUAUUGAAUCGAUGGUCACUAAUUAAUAAGAGCUCAGCGAAGUUUUGUGGAUACUUGGCCGAGAUUGAAGCAAUGCAUCAAAGUGGUGUGAAUGAGCAAGACAAGAUUGCCAAGGCGAAACUUAUGUUUCACAAAUUUCAGAAAACUUCAUUUCAAUUUCAACAUUGUUGGAAUGUGUUGAGGUGCCAACCAAAAUGGAUUAAUGACAAGGUAAAAUCAAGAAAAAGACUAUUUGCAAUGACAUGUUCUCCUACUCCAGAUUCGAUAAAUAUUGGGGAAAAUGAUAUCUUCACCAAUGACUUUGUAGAUUCGGAGAGACCACUAGGCGGGAAGGUUGAAAAUGAACUAUUGAAUAAACAAAAUAGCAAAAAUAGUGUGAGUGUGGAUGUUGCAGGGAUACUAAAUGAGGUAAAUGAAGAGAAGAAAAUGGAACUUAUUGGGGAAACAUUUGUUCAAGAGCAAGAGAGACUUCGUAUUCUGCUUGAGCACGAGCAAGAGAGACUUCGAUUUAAGCAAGAAAAGCUUCGAGCGGAACAAGCGAGGAAGGAUGACAAAAUUAUGCUGAUGGAUACAAGUGGCUUGUCUAAAGUUCAAAAAGAAUAUAUUCAACAUCGCCAAAUGAAAAUCGUUGAAAGUCGAAGGAGGAAAUAGUGUUUAACUGGUCAUGUUACUAUGAAGAUAGUUCAUCUUCUUUUAAGGUAAUUGUUAAAUGAAAUUCUAUAUCUUACUUUGUUAUUGGUGUUGAACAAAUUGAAGUGAUAGUAUGAUGUGUAGGGAUUAGUUCAUCUUUGUAAAUUUUAUAUAAUAUGUCAUGUAGUUGGUGAUCAAA